CAGCUAGCCAUAUUUUGAUUUUAGGCAGUGACUUUUGCUCCACGGGGAUUGAGAUAGAAGUUGCACUCCCAUACCCCGGAUGUGAUUAUUGUGUUUGUGUCGGCAGAGAAGGAGAUGCCUCUGCCCGUACAGGUCUUUAACUUUCAGGACAGCUCAGUGUCAGAGCUGGAGGUUUCUGCAGGGGCAGAACAAGCUCAGGCUCAGGACAGCGAAAGAGACAGGGCCAUGGCCAGAGACAGGGACAAGAGUAAGGCUAGCUUGGCCCAGACCUCAGCCUCAGAGCUUCCCUGUACCUCCCAUAGCAGCAGCAGACCCAAUCAGCUGUCACCGUUCACUGCAGGGGACUACGUCCUCAGCUCCAGCCUCUCAGCAUGCUCUCUGCUCCCAGAGGGGGCUGUUGAGCCAAUGCAGAUCGAUGCUGACCCCCAGGAAGACCAGCAGAAUGCUCCAGACACCAACUAUGUGGUGGAAAACCCCACACUGGACCUGGAGCAGUUUGCGUCCAGCUACAGCGGUCUGAUGCGUAUUGAGAGACUGCAGUUCAUAGCACAACAUUGUCCCCAGCUCCGUGCCGAGGCCCUGAAGAUGGCCCUGUCCUUCGUCCAGAGGACCUUCAACGUAGACGUGUACGAGGAGAUCCACCGCAGACUCACCGACGCCAAGCGACAGGCGCAGGGUGUCCCUGACGCGGUGCCUGAUGGGCCGGCGGAGGCCCCUCUCCUGGACACAGCCUGGGCAGAGAGCACCAGGAAAAAGGCCCUUCUCAAACUGGAGAAGCUGGACACUGACCUCAAGAACUACAAGGGAAACUCUAUCAAAGAGAGCAUCAGGCGGGGUCAUGAUGACCUUGGGGACCACUAUUUAGAUUGUGGAGAUCUCAGCAACGCCCUGAAGUGUUACAGCCGAGCCCGAGACUACUGCACUAGUGCCAAGCAUGUCAUCAACAUGUGUCUGAACGUCAUCAAGGUUAGCGUUUACCUCCAGAACUGGUCCCAUGUACUUAGCUACGUCAGCAAGGCAGAAUCCACUCCAGAGAUAGCUGAGAAUUGUGAGUUGCGCUUUCAAAUGUUUCUCUUGACCCCACCCCCUCCAGGUUUGGCAGAGCUGGCCUCUAGAAAGUACAAACCAGCCGCCAAGUGCUUCCUCCAGGCUUCAUUUGACCACUGCGACUUCCCAGAGCUCCUGUCCCCCAGUAAUGUAGCGGUGUAUGGAGGGAUGUGUGCCCUGGCCACUUUCGACAGACAGGAACUACAGAAGAACAUCAUCUCAAGCAGCUCCUUUAAGUUGUUUUUAGAGUUGGAGCCCCAGGUGCGUGACAUAAUCUUCAAGUUUUACGAGUCAAAGUACGCAUCCUGUCUGAAACUACUGGAUGAGAUGAAGGAUAACCUUCUAUUGGAUCUGUACCUGGCCCCCCACGUUAGAACACUGUACACACAGAUCAGAAACAGAGCCCUUAUACAGUACUUCAGCCCGUAUGUGUCUGCAGACAUGACUAAGAUGUCCCAGUCCUUCAACACCACAGUGUUAUCUCUGGAGGAUGAACUGACCCAGCUCAUACUGGAGGGACUGAUCAACGCACGUAUAGACUCUCACAGCAAGGUAACACACACACACACACAAUCCUGUAUGCAGGGACGUGGACCAGAGGGGCCACACGUUUGA